AUGCGCAAGACGUUACUGCGCAAAUAUCGCGUUGACGCUUCAUUGUAUGCAUGAUACACAACAGAUCAAAGAUAUGAGUAAAAUCGAUACAUUUGACUAAGAUUUGAUUGUAUUUCAUUUGAACAAUAUUUUUAAUUAUUUUAUAUUAUUAAAAUGGAGAUGGAAGAUGGUGAAAAUUUAUCAAAGCCAACGGGAACUACUCGAAUUGAAAAAAAUCCUGUUGACUAUGACGAAGACAGAAUGCAUGAGAUGACAGCUUCUUAUUCGGAAAUAUCAUUUGAUUCCCAAUCUUCUCCACCAGUUUCUGAGUUGAGGUCGCUUAUUGAAUCUCCUGAUAUAGAUGGAAAAUAUUUGGGAGAAUGUCUGGAAAAGAUGAAUGGUAUUGGAAAUAGACCAGAUCAAUUAGAUUUAAGAAGUAGAGAUUCUAGCCCAAACGAAGAAGAGGAUUUAGAUCCACCAAGUUAUCAUAAAGCUAUGGGCUAUUUACAAUUAGAAGGAACGGUAAUGCAGGAUGGAGAUAUGGUUUUGUUUGUAACGGAAGACUUGGAAAAUAAGAUUAAAUUGUCCAGUCCAGUUACAAAAAAGGGAGAAACUCCUUCUUUCCCAGGAUCACGAAGUUCUACUCCUUGUUUAUAUAGACAAGCAUUAACCCCACAGUUACCUUUACUUGAUCAUAAUGUAUUAAAUGAAUUAGAAAUGGAAGCAAGAAAGAUAGCUACAUCUGUUGAUGCUCUUACAGAAAAUCUUGCUGCUAUUUUACAUAGUGCGUCCGCGCUUACAGUAGGUUGUUUGGAAACUUAUAGGGAUGCAGUAUGUAAGACUUGCGAUGCCGUAGAUCACAAUAUAAAGUCUAUGUAUCAGUUAAUGGCAAAGUGUGAAGAAUUAUCAAAAUAUAUGGCACCGAUUUAUAAGUUGGCAGAGCAAAUUAAGGAGAUGAAGAGGAUGCUGGAACUGUUUGAGAGUGCAAUGAAUUUAUAAAGGUAGAAGCCACCUUAUGACAUCAACUUCUUGUUUUUUUUUUUUUUUUUUUUUUUUUUUUCCCCAAACGCUUUUGUGAA